CGGAGUGUCAACAAACUCCUGAAGCGUUUCAUACACAUUUAUUCGACCAUAACGAGAUUUAUUCUGCUUAUUCUCUUCCGUCGGUCGUGUCAGCUGUAGUGAGAGCGUCUCUCCCCCUGUAGUGUGUUCUGUUGUGCUGUUUAUAGGUGGAGAUAUGCAGGCGUUUUUGAAAGGACCUUCCUCACAGAGUAUUAAAGCUCAGAAACCUUCAUCAUCUUCAUCAUCAUCAGGUGGAGAGAAGAAGCAGAGAGCACUUCCCUGGGUGGAGAAAUACAGACCAAAGUGUGUGGAUGAAGUGGCCUUUCAGGAGGAGGUGGUUGCAGUACUGAAGAAGUCUCUAGAGGGCGCUGAUCUGCCCAACCUGCUGUUCUAUGGACCGCCUGGAACCGGAAAGACGUCCACCAUCCUCGCGGCGGCCAGAGAGCUUUAUGGGCCCGAGCUGUACCGACAGAGGGUCCUGGAGCUCAACGCGUCGGAUGAACGAGGGAUCCAGGUGGUGCGAGAGAAGGUGAAGAACUUCGCCCAGCUGGCGGUGGCCGGCUCGCGGACCGACGGGAAACCUUGUCCGCCGUUCAAGAUCAUAAUCCUGGACGAGGCGGACUCCAUGACCAACGCGGCUCAGGCGGCGCUCAGACGCACGAUGGAGAAGGAGUCGCGAACCACGCGGUUCUGUCUCAUCUGCAACUACGUCAGCCGGAUCAUCGAGCCGCUGACCUCCAGAUGCUCCAAGUUCCGCUUCAAACCGCUGGCCAAUGACAUUCAGCAGGAGCGACUGCUGGAGAUCUGCGGGAAGGAGAACCUCAAGUACAGCAAAGAUGGAAUCGAUGCUCUGGUGAAGGUGUCAGAUGGAGAUCUCAGGAAAGCCAUCACGUAUCUCCAGAGCGCCGCGAGACUCAACGCUGACCGGGAAAUCACUGAACAAAUCAUCACCGAGAUCGCCGGGGUGGUUCCACCCAAAGUGAUCGAAUCGCUCCUCCAGAUCUGUUACAGAGGCGCUUUUGAGAAGCUGGAGCUCGCUGUGAAGGAUCUGAUCGAUCAGGGAUUCGCUGCAACCAACGUUCUCAACCAGUUACACGAGGUCAUCAUCGAAGAGAAGCUGAGCGACAAACACAAAUCCGCCAUCGCAGAGAAGAUGGCCGAGGUGGAUAAGUGUCUGGCCGACGGUGCUGACGAGUAUCUGCAGUUAUUGAGUCUCGGCUCGGUCAUCAUGCAGCAAGCCGCACAGAACACCUGAGCCGACCAAUCAGCAGCUCCGUUACACUUCAGCUGACCAAUCAGCUUCACACAUGGCUGCCUACAUUUCUGUUUUCAACUUUUUGUACAUUUGAAAUAUGUAAUUAAAACAUUUCUUUCCUAUA